CUUGUCCCCAUACACCUACACGUCCUCGUUAAAACAUGAUUCUCGGACACAACGCCGUCAUCCUUAUACUCGCUCUCUGUGUAAUACUACACACUACUACCGGCAAAUCUAUCGUCGUCAGACGAAGUGCUGAUGGCAGCGACAGCGACAACGAUAAUGACACCGACGAUGGCAUUGACAACGAGAACGACACCGGCGUUGACGGUGAUGACGACGAUGACGACGACGACAAUGGAAUCAUGGAUACAACUAAGGACGUCCUAGGUGGUCUCGUUGGUGGCCUAGAGGACAAGGCCAUGAAAAACAUCAGCGACGAGAUAGAUGAGAACUUAGAGAAAGUGCCGGAAGAGGAUAAAAAUGAAACAAUAGAGACUGGAGAACAUGAAGUAGAACACACGGACGCCUCAGGGGGCGACAAGACUCAAAGCGCUGACUUCAACAUCCCACCAGACGAAAUAACCAUACAGAAUGGCGGCGCCGGAUACUCAAGUGCGAACGAAUCAAGCGGCGUAGGAAACAACAACAAAAGUCCCUUCAAAGUAAACUACAGUGGUAUGUCCGCGACCGGAAUUCAUGGAGUCGAUGACAAAAAUAAAUCCCCGGGUAAAAUGAAACCUCCAGGGAAGGAGGGCGGAGAGGCUGCUGGCGAAUCACAUCAACAGGUACCUGAUAACAAACCAGGAAAAGUAAAGGGCACACAGGACGGGAAAAACAAAGCUACAGAGACUCAGUCGAGUGGAGGAGGAACUGUACCUAAAGGUCAAGGUAGUCCCAAGGGGGACCAGUAUAAUAGGCCGCCGGGUAACGUACCAAGUGUGCCCGACUAG